GAAGACAGAUUUCAGUCAAAGAGUCAAUUGGCUAUCGACGUGAGCAUUUGACGGUGCCCUUUCUCUACCUCGUCUUUCCCUCUCCGAUCUCCGGGUAUCGCAAGAGACUAGGUUUGAAAUCAAUUAUGAGCAACAAAGAUGAGGCUCUUCGAGCCAAAGAUUUAGCAGAAGAUUGGAUGAGAAAGUCAAAUUUCCCGAAAGCUCGUAAAAUUGCAAUUAAGGCUCAGAAUAUGGAUGGAACCUUGGAGAAUAUUGCUCACAUGAUAAUGGUGUGCGAUGUUCAUUGUGCAGCAUCGGAUAAAUCUGGGGACGAGAUGGAUUGGUACAAAAUUCUCCAGGUCGAGCAGAAUGCAGACGACAAUUCCAUCAAGAAACAGUACAGGAAGCUCGCGCUUCAUCUCCAUCCGGACAAAAACAAGCUCCCUGGCGCUGAAUCUGCUUUCAAAACGAUUGGUGAAGCUCAGAGAAUUCUUUUGGACAAAGAAAAAAGGAGGCAACAUGACAUUAAACGCAAACCCUUUAAAAGGCCUGCACCAGCACCGUCUUAUCAACCCCAACAAGCCCCGGCCACGGCUUUUUACACUCAGAAUGUUUUCCAGAGAAACGUUAAUGCAGCGAGUAACAGCUUCACAGCGGAUUUCAGACCUCAAAACCUGCAAAAGCCUCAAGUUGAUUUUAGUGCUGGCUCAAACUUUUUGACGUUAUGCCCUUUUUGCCUAGUUAAGCAUGAAUUUCUCAGGGGAUAUAUCAACAAACUAGUGAAAUGUCCGAGUUGCAAUAAGCAAUUCAGUGCUUUUCAAACUACUUUCCAGGGUCCACCAGUUCAGGCGACCCAACAGAGCAAGGUUCCAACUCAAGAGGCUGGCAAGGCAGCACAGAAGCAGCCGGAGAAUUCUGCCAGACUUUCCCCAAGGAAAGAGGGUUCUAAAGCCAAAAUCCCGGGUACUUCUGCUGAGACUAGCAGUGAAAAGAGAAAGAGAAAGAAGAUGGUUGAAUCUAGUGGCAGUUCUUACAGCGAGAGUAGCUUUGGGUGGGAAGAAGUUGCAGCUGAUGGACAGCAUUCCCGGAGGUCAGUUCGUAGUAAGCAGCAGGUUUCAUAUAAAGAGAAUGUGUGUGAUGAUGAGGAGAAAGAAGAGGAUGCAGCAAGUGCUGAAGCGUCUGAUUUCAGAAAGAAGUCAAAUGAAAAGAAUCUGUUUGCAGAAACCUUGCCAAACGGGAUCAACGGGAAGGAGAAGGUAAAAGAAGACCAAGUGGGAAGCUCUCGGGACUCUGGUGUCUGUAAUGCAGCGAAGGAUUCAAGUUCAAAAAAUGCAUCAGACUUAGAGAUUUGUGAGUGUCCUGAUCCUGAUUUCAAUAACUUUGACAAGUUCAGGGAAGAGAGUUGUUUUAAAGCUGGCCAGACAUGGGCAAUGUAUGAUGACAUGGAUCGAAUGCCUCGAUUUUAUGCCUUGAUCAGAAAAGUCAUAAGGGUACCUAGUUUUAUGCUUAAGAUAACAUGGCUUGAGGCUAAACCAGAUGAUGAGAAAGCAAAGCAGUGGGUUCGCAAAAAGUUGCCCGUCUCUGUUGGUAAGUACAAACUUGGUGGAGAUGACAACAUAAAUGAAACUCCAUCGUUCUCUCAUCCGAUCCAAUGCAGAGUAAGGGGCAUGGAAGAUACUGUCAGUGUAUACCCAAGAAUGGGAGAAACAUGGGCUCUCUUCAAGAACUGGGACAUCAAUUGGUCUACAGGUCGUCGGCGCAAGUAUACGUAUGAGUUUGUUGAGAUCCUGUCGGAAUAUGCUGAAGGGAUUGCAAUAGAGGUUGCGUUCUUGCGUAAAGUAAAGGGCUUUGCAAGUGUCUUCUGUCGAAUUGCAUCGGAUGGUAGAUCAAAUACAUUUCAGAUUCCGCCUCAUGAGUUGCUUAGAUUCUCCCACAGCAUUCCCUCAAUCAAAUUGACAGGGAAAGAAAGGAAUGAUGUUCCUGCUGGUUCUUAUGAGCUCGAUACAGCUGCAUUACCACAAAAUAUUGAAGAAGGAGAAGAAGAAGCUGUCUCUAUCUCAAUAGAAGCUGCCAAGUCAAACCAAGUCCAUCAUAGCUCUCCGCCUUCAUCAGAGCCAGACUGUGUCGUCAUUCCUAAUUUCCAGUUUCAUGACUUCAGCGCUGAUAGAUUAAUGGGAAAGUUCGCACCUGGCCAGAUAUGGUCAUUGAACAGUAAAGAGGAAGGCUUGCCCAAGUGUUACGCCAAGAUUCAGAAAGUAGAAUGGAAGCCAGUGUUUAAACUGCAGGUAAACAGGCUAGAGCUGGAAUCACUUCCUGAGAAUGUUACACAGUGGCGGGACAAAAAAAUGCCAGUCACUUGUGGACAUUUCACCUUGAAGAAAGGCCGGGACGAGACACUCACUAAGGUAACUGAUUUUUCACAUCAGAUAAAGGCACAAGAGAGUGUAAGAAAAAACGUAUACACUGUCCUCCCCAAGACCGGAGAAAUUUGGGCAAUGUACAAGUACUGGAGUGAUGCAAUCAAGGUGGCAAGCUUGAAGAAGCGUGAAUACGAGGUUGUUGAAGUUCUUGACGACAAUGAGAGCCACAUCGAGGUUAUGAUGUUGGAACGGGUGGACGGGUUCAUUUCGGUCUUCAAGGAAAAAGUGGAAGGAGGCAUCGAUGUGAAGAAAACGAUCCCGAUGUGUGAACUGUUGAGAUUCUCUCAUUAUGUUCCUGCAUUCCGGUUAACUGGAGAAAGAGAUGGAGCUCUUCGAGGCUAUCUUGAGCUCGAUUCAACUGCCUUGUCCCGUAACUUGCGCAGAUCUUAGACUAAUUCUGGUAGGGAGGUUCGUUUCUUUGUUAGCGGUUGGUAGUAGUAAUGGUCUUUUGCAUUUUGUGCGAAAAUGGGUACUUUUCUUUUUUAGAUUUAGACGUUAACUUGCGUCGGAAUCUGUCUUGAACUCUAGUUUUAGUCACAACUGUGGACUCAAUGUGGUGAAAAACCCUUUUCGCUUU